AUGCAAGAUAUCGAAGAGUAUCUUAUCCCCAGCAACAGCAGCAGCAGCAACAGCAGCAAUAGCAGCAGCAGCAGCAGCAUCAAUGGCAGUAACAGCCUCAAAGGGCCCGCAGCUGAGCGCCUCUUUGCUUAUUUACCGCUGCUGAGCGCCUCCAGGGUGCAGCAGCUUCCUGCUGCUGAUCUGCUGCUGCUGCUGCGCGUGUAUAGCCGGCUGUUCACUGCUGAGGCUCCUCUCGCUGCAGCUGCAGCAGGACCAGCAGCUGCAGCAGCAGCAGCGGGAGAAGCAGCGGGAGAAGGUGCAUGCGGCAGCAGCAAGAUCAAAGACGAGCGGGGUGGAGCUGCAGCCAACAAAGCAGCUAUCUGUCUCUUCCUUAAUAGGGGAGCGGCUACCAUACUGCGGCGUCCCUUAGACUUCAUGCUGCCCUCUCAGCUUCCCUGCCUUUUGGCUGUCUCCGCUUCCUUGCCUCCAGCGGCUGUCCCUCUUGAGUUUUGGCGCUGUCUCCUUAGAAGGACUGCAGAUGUUGCUCGUCUGCUGUCUCCUUCUGCUGCUACGCGGCUGCUGCUGGGCCUCGCCUGUCUACCCAAGCUGCACGAAGACGCUGGGCUUCCUCGUGCAGCUGCUGCAGUUUGCGCUCGGGUGGCAUCAGCACCCGAAUGCCUGCAGCAGCAGGAGUCUCUGCUGCAUGCAAUGGAGGCCCUGCGACGUCUGCAGCUGCUGCAUGUCCCCUUGCUUACGGAGAUAGCUCGCGCGCUGCAGCUCCGCUUUGCUGCAGGGGCCCCUAGUGGGGUCCCCCGGGGGAGGGCCUCGCAUAAAGGCACAAACCCUUCUUUAAGGGGGCCCCCACAAGGCCUUGAUGUCUCCUCGUUGCUGGAUGGAGACACUAACGGGCCCCACACCUGUUAUCAACGUCUCCAUAGCAAAGAAGACAUCGGACUGGUGGUGGAGGCUUUAAGCUGUUUUGCUGCUGCAAAGGCGACAGAGUUUCAGGCUUUGUUUCGAGGCCUUGCUGAUAGUCUUGUAGAGGCUGUGGAGACGCUUGAAUUAGGAGAGACAGCUCAAGUGCUGGCUGCUCUGGGCGCCCUCAACUGCUACCCAGAGAAACUCCUCGCCCGUCUACUCCCGCAUGUUGCUGCCUUGCUCGCAGCACAAAGGGGAGUAAUUUCAGGAGACCAGGAGGAGGCCCGGGAAGCAACAGCAGCAGCAGCUGCAGCAGCAGCAGAAGCACCAGCAGCAACAGCAGCAGCAGGGGCACCCGGUGCUGCUGCUGUUAUAAAGGAUACGCUGCGUAUCUUGCGGUCGCUGGGGCAGCUGCAGAAGCGAGAUGCUGCUGUGCUGCGGGAGGCGGCGGGGCUUCUGGAAGGCGCAGCAGAAUUGAAGAGACUCUCCCUUAGAGACUGUGUAAGGGUCCUUUACGAUUGCUACCGCCUGGAUGUAUGGCACCCGCCUCUAGGAGACAAACUGCUCAGCUGUCUCCGCGCCCACCCCCGCUCCAACUUGCUGGAUGCUCUUGGGUUGCAAGGAGCUACGAAUUUGCUGCUGGCCCUCAGCUACUUCAGGCGCAACGAGCAGCCUAUCUUCGAUGCUCUUCUAUCACAGGCACGACCUGCUGCUGCUGCUGCUGUUGCUGCUGCUGCUGCUGUUGCUUCUGAGGUUUUGUUUCUGAUGCUGCUGCGGCACGUCCAGUGUCUCUCCAAGGAAGGCGUCUCUCAGCUGCAAACAGUUGGUCUCGCUUUCAGGGCGGGGCAUCUGCCGUUUGCGGCUGAGUCCCUCAGCGUAGCAGCACGAGAUGUGCUGCAGAGGGUUCGAGUAAAGGAGACAGAGCCGGAGACCCCCUGCAUCUCUAGCCUUCAGGAAGCAGUUGCUAAAGCCUCUACAUUUCUGCAGUGUCACUACUACUCAGAGGCGAGCUCUCUAUGA